AUGGCGCAAGACCUUCCACCAAUUGGGGGAUAUGAUCCUGUCCAGUAUAAGCGUAACCUGCCGGCCCGCGGAUUUCGGCCGUCAAUUUUACUAUUCGGUGUUGCCGGUAUCAUGACAUAUGGCUUCUGGCGUGUGGGUCAGGGGAUUCGUGAGCAUAAUGAGCUCGCACGCGAGAAAAUGUGGUCGCGCAUUCACCUUAUCCCCAUGCUCACGGCCGAGGAGGAUCGAGAUCUUGUAAGACGCCAUCUUGCAGACCAGGCGCGCGAAGAAUCUUUGCUGGGAACCAAGACGAGUCCGUACAACAGCGAUAGAUAUGUCCGACCUACAUUUGCAAUUACUCCCGGAAAGAUUACAAAAUAA